CAAAUGCAUCCAAGCAGAAGAUUACACAGACAGACAGACAGACACACAGUCACUCUUUUGUCAGACAUUUCACAUGCUCGCGGACAAGCUACACUACUGCUUGCUGGAGAUAAUGUGAUUUAAUGUAGAGGACAUACAAAUAUCUCUUCAUUUGGUAGGCAGUUCUUCGAACCAAAAGAUGAAUUCCACAAUAAAUUCUACGGCCACAACCUCCAUGAUGACCUCCACCUCCCUACUCACAACCUCAAAGCCGCCGGCUAAUGAUACAAAUAAAUACUAUACAGUCCUUCUGGUCAUAUACUCUGUGGUUCUGUUCUGUGGUACCAUCAGCCUGAGCCUGAUGAUACACAUCAUGAAGUCCAGCACCACAUCCAUAACCUCCAUCGCUGUACUCAACCUCAUCUUCACCCACUUCGUCUUCCUUAUCACUGUGCCCUUUAGGAUUCACUACUACGCCACUAAUGACUGGGCCCUGGGCCCUGCAUGGUGUAAAGUGGUCAGCGGCAUGAUCCACAUCCACAUGUACAUGUCUUUUAUCUUCUAUGUGAUCAUCCUCAUUACGCGCCUUAUGACGUUCUACCUCGAAGCUGAGCAGGUGGCCUCCUUCCAGAAGAUUCAUGCACUCCUUGUCAGUGCUGUGGUGUGGAUAGUGGUGCUUUCUGUGGGCCCUUGCAUUAUCUAUUUUACCUAUGGCAAAAAAUGGGACACCAACAAUACCACCAGUGUGAGACACUGCUUCAAGUUUGGCACUGACAUUGAGUCUAGUCAUGCCAAGGUGUUCAACUACAUCAUAAGCACAGUCAUCAUAGUGGUGGCCACGGUGCUGACAGCCCUCCAAGCCAAUGUCCUAAGGGUUUUAUACAGGAAGCACCACCAGGGAUGCACCUCUCAGCAGGACUUUGGGGCUCAGCUGAACAGCCUGUGCUUUGCUCUCAUCAUGGUGAUCUGCUUCAUUCCCUACCACAUGUUCCGGCUUUAUUACAUACAACACAUCAAUCUGCAGGAUUUCAAUGAGGUGCUUCUGAGUUUGACCACCUUUAAUUGUUUGGACAUGCUCACCUUCUUGGGGAGGAGAAGCUGCUACACAUGCUUCCCAACAGUGGUACAAAACGCAUUUAGAUCUUAUUAAUUAUGAAUAGGCUACCUAGGAUAGUAAAAGUACUCAAUGCAGAAAAAUCCUCACAUUGUAGAAACUGGAAAUGAUCAAAACAGUUCUGUGUUUAAUCGGCGAAUCGUUUCCGCUAUAUAUUGCCUAUAUAUUGUUGGGUAGUUUAAUUUAUAAUAAAACAUUGUAUUUUAUAAACUACAUGUGAAAAUCUUAAUUUGUA